AUGACCUUAGAUGAUGAUUCCACAAACUCUGAGGUGAAUGAUUUCCUCCUGCGUAUAAAGCAGCUCGGUGAAAAAACAGACCGUGAAGAUGAGCUUAGACAACGUAGACUUGAGCAAGAUAUCCUUGAAGGAAGAAAGCGACGACAGGCUCUUCGAGCUGAACGCACGAGAUCUCUUUCCCCAGAAAAAAUUGCGUCUUCUUCUUCAACUAAACUAAGCACUGUGCCAGUGCUGAACGAACUUGAUGAUGUUUCUCUUCCACCAGCUUCUGAAAAGCUUUCAAAAGCUGAUGAAAUAAAAAAGGCUAUUGCUUCCAUUGCUGGACCCACUGGUACUCUUCCGUUAUUCCCAUCAGAAAAGAAAUGUGUAUCAGAGCCUUUACCUGUAAAAGAUGUCCAACCUCUUUCACGUUCAUAUUUAGACAAGAGGCCUGUUGCUUUAGCACCCAAGUCUUCACAAUCUUUUCAAAAACAAUCUGAUUCUAUCUCUCAUACCUCGGAUAUAUUUCCGCAUUUAAAGUCAAUCUCAUCCUCUUCUUUGGCUGAAAAACCUGGCAACAAUGACAAGGCAGAGUUUUCAUCUGUACGACUUAAAAAAAUUGACCCCUUGUUGAAACAGGGAUCUCAUGGAUCUGUGGAAUCUAAUGAGGAGCCUGUAUUUUCUUCAAAGUCUCUUAAAAAAGUCAAUUUAAAAAACCCAGUCGAAAAUGAGAAUGAUAAUGAGCCACCACUAAACCUUCCAAAACAACGAAACCCUUCGUCUUCUAAGAAAGUUCCACCUACUGCUCCAGUUAAGCCAAGAUCUCUUUCAUCUCAAAAGAAAAGUAUCACUUCAAAUGAUUCAACAGAAGAAAAUCCUAAGAAUGGAUUUUUUGAAGCCACAGAAGAAGAUGUUGAUAAAGAAGAAGAAAAAGCAGAAGAAAAACCGGAAAAGGAAACUUCUACUCGAUCGUUAGAAAAUGAAGAAAAAGAACCUGAAAUUAUUUCUCCACUACCCACAAGUUUGUCAUCAGGCUUGAGAAAAGCACAAACUACAUCUUCUCAUAAUAUUCAUGACAAAGUUUCUGGUACUGUUCAUGGUCGAGUUCCAUUACCUGGCAUGGCAUCUAAUGUUUCUCACCCUAAGCCUUUGCAUACAUCUAAAUUAUCUUCUGAUUCAAUUACGCUCCCAUCUUUACGGCCAACUAAUGUUUUUCAUGGACAAUCUUCCCCAAACCGUUCUCCCUCUCAAUCACCUACCAGAUCUCUAACUCAAUCACCUACUAGAUCUCCAACCCAUUCACCAUGUCACUCUGCUGUUCAUACACCGACUCACUCUCCUUCUAGGCAAACACUCAGACCGAAUUUAUCUCCAAGUGCUGUUGAUCUCAGGCCAUCUGCAUCUUCUUUGAAUCCUGCUGGUAGUUUUUUAGCUACAAGAGCUUCUACAAUUGUUGUUCCUCGACCAAAAUCACCAACUAGAGGAGGGUUUGUACAAAGUGCUAUGUUAAAACGUGAGGGCACAGUUACCAAUAGACCACGAGCAGACUCUGCUAGUGGUAACAUUUUUGAUGGAAUUAUGUUGGCUAAUCCUUCUUCUAAUAAGGUCAAUCUAACUGGUUCUAGAUCACCUUCUCCUACAAGACAUGCGAGAACUCAAUCUGCAACAAAUAUUGAAAGCUAUCAUUCCCUUAAAACUUUAAGUCCUCCUAAUCUUCAGCCUGUAAAUCAAGGUGAAGAUAGUAAAGAAUUUGAAGAGUUUGAAGAUGGUGAAGAUAGUGAAGAAAAUAAAAAGCAUCUUUCUUCUCCUCCAAGAAGCGCAAGAAAUUCUGAUGAAAGGGGCUCUCCCCGUUCUUCUGUUGCUGGAUCUCUUAAAGCCACUGACUCUCGUCGGUGGAGUCCAGUUAAGCAGACUUGGUUGGGUAGUGCCUUGAUGAAGAAUUCACCAUCCUCACCCCCUGAUCCGAGCCCUAAUAUGAGUCGUAUGCCAACAGUCAUCCGUGCACCUUCUCCUACCCGUCACAAUCGCGGAAAUUCAUUGUCCACUAUUUCUACUGGGAAACUUACAUUCCCAGUCCCUCCCCCUUCAAGACCUCCACUUCAUAACGUAGCUCUUUCUGAGCCUUUAUGGAUUGAAAAAGAUGAUGCAGGGGUUGAGUAUGAAGAAAAAAAUCCUGCAAAGCCUGAACCACCUAAGCCCAGAAAAACUUUAGAAGGUGAUUCUUGUGAUAAACUUGACACUCCGCCAUCUCCACCUCCUUCUAGACCUAUGGAUGAAUCCAAUUCUACUAGUUUUUCAAAACCCGCCCCUAAGCCGCCUGGAAAUUUUAGCAGCUCGCUUUCUCGUAACAAUACUAUUCGACCCGCCGUACCAAAAAAGCCAGAUCUCAUUUCGAAAUUGGAAAAGCCUACUCUUCCUUCUGAUGCAUUGGAAAAACUUCGUGCACUCCGAUCUGGUGUUCAAUCCUCUCAAAAUAGUAAAUCACCUUCAAGCGAAAGUGAAUUGGAUCAAGUUAAGGCAUCCCUUCGACGAAGUAACACUCUGCAGUUCAAGCCUAGUCGAUCAAUCCGAAAUGGGCCUCGACCAGUCCCUCCUAAAUCCUUGGUUUCUCGCGGACCAUCUUAUUUUGAAGAGGAGAAUGAAGAUGAUGAAGAUGAAGAAGCACCCCCACUUCCUAUACGCCCAUCACAGCGUUCGUAUGCUCUUCACGAAAAUAACAUUGAAGACGACGAAGAAGUGGAACCACCGAGACUCCCCCCUCGAAAACAUGUUGUUUCUAGGACAACAGGACCAUUGCCUCCCGUUCCUGAUUCUUUGGCUGUCCGAAAUCACAUUGAAACCCCUGAUCCUAUUACUGAAGCACGAAAAUUUCUCUACGGGCCCUCAAAUGAAGAAAAGGAAGCAGAUGAGAGCUUUUAUUCUGGCACGCCCAAUAUUCCCAAUUUUCUAAACAAAAAGACGGCUAAAUCAUUUGCAACUGACUUGUCUGAAGUUCUUAGCCGAGGCAAGCCUGCUUCCCGAUCUCAGCCAUCAUCUCAGCCAGGCCUUACUUCUCUCGAUGAUACUACUAAAUCAUUUUCUCCUCGAUUUGAACGCAUGGCAGGUCUCAAAAAGUCUCACACUUUUGAUUUUGAUGGUCCAAGUAAUGGUAAAGGUGGCGAUGAGAAUGAAAACAAGAAGGUGGAACUUAAACAUAUGACAAAAGGUCGUGCAAGAGGACCUCGUGGUAGAAAGCUCCCCAAGAAUAUUAAGUCAACCCCUGUUUCUGGUGCCUCCACACCACGCGAAGAAUCUGAUCGAUUCCGUAAAGCACACCAACGUCAACGUUCGCGGUCAUUGUCUCCAGACUUUGCCAAGCGGCUUUCUCAUACAACGGCAACCAGCAACACUUUACCACUCGUUCGUAAGCCUAAAAAUUUUGUCAUAGAAAAACAGGAUAAGGCUACUGAAGACGAUGAUGAUUUGUUCGAGAUUCCAACUGCACCACCUUCACGUGCUCUAACUCCAAGCUCCAACGAUGAGUCUGGUGUUUUGCUGAUUUCUAAAACUAGAAAGACUUUACCACCCCCACCUGCUGCAUUGCAACCCGGUCAUUCGCGUCCAGGAUCUCCUAUAAUUCUUUCGCCUGUUGGCUCAUCCAUGCAAAGUGGUGUAACUGUUGCUCGCCAAAAGCCUGUGAUUCGUAAAUCGUCCCAAAGUGUUUCUAAGGGAAUGGCGCAAAAUGCAACCAACGGUAACACCGCACUAGUUGCUCAGCCAGUUGCACUUCCUUUGUCAUCUAAUGAAGUCCUUUUGCCGAAUAGUCCUAUCCAGAAAAUUGCACGUAAGCCAGUGAAACCAGCACCAGCAAAGCCUCGCAAGCCUUCAUCUUCAGUCCAUGUGGAAAGUUGA